AUUCCUAUAAGAUGAGCACAUUUAACACUAAUCCAUAAGACCACUGAUUUCUAAAUGGAACUUCAUGCAUGACGUACUAACAUCACAUUCAUUUCUUAUACGAUAAUAUCACACCACUAUAGGUUACUGGAACUGUGAAAGCAGUCAGACCCAAAGCAUGCCGCUUGAAGAUACCCAAAGCUCUGACUAUAACCCUUUACUAACAUCCGCCAGUGGAAAAAGUAAGUGAUGGAGCAGCAAUAACCUCCAUUUGAUUCCCAUGUUAAGUUGUAAAGAGUACACAAUAGAGUUUGGAAGGAACCUAGAGAUUCCCAACAACCUGGUGAGUUUAUGAUGAUAAAAUCUAAAAUCUCCAGAUUUAUAAAACCAAGUCACAAAUACUCUCUCUGUUUUAAAUGAACACUCUAAAAUUUUUGACUUACAAACAAAUGGAUUAGAGACUGUCUUCCUCUAUGUGUAGAAAUGUAUUCGUUACCUGUUGUUAUAUUGAAUAAUGCACGCUGUACAAACAGUUAUUGUUGCUCCACAGCAAGGUAGUUACUGAUGGUAGAUCUGACCAAGCACUAGCUCUGGCCCUAGUUCCAGUUUUUAUUUGGAUACAAGCAGUUGUGGAAGAUCUAUACAAUUCCAAACAUUUGCACCUGUUCCUAAGUUACAACAUUGAUGGGGUGUGAUUUGAUUGUAUUAUGCCAUAGCAAACUCAUAUACAGCCAUCAGUAAGUAAAACCUUGCAUGCUCUGGACACAAACUUCUUUGAAUUCACCAUAUUUUGACAUAUGAGGUUUUACUCCAAAGUAGGACUUUCCUGUAAAUGUUGGAAAAUGUCUAUUUGUGCCAACAGGUAAAUUAUGCCAAAUGGACAUUUUAUGUUAUUUUUAAAUCAUUUCACUUGGUAGUAUUGUGCAGGGGCCAAUUUCCUUUAAGUAAGUCGCACACAGUGUCCAAAAAGCAGGAGAAAUAACGUAGACCUCUGGAAGGGCCAAAAUAACUAUUUAUCAAUGAAUUAUCUUCCUUACUAUCCAUUACCAGGUCCGUGGGGUAUCCCUACAUAUUAUUGGACUUUGACAAGUCUGUACAUAGUAACCAUUUAGUUUGUUGUGGUGAGAAUUACUGCUUGAAAUGUGUCAUGUCACAUGCUGCCCUCAUCAUUCUAUGUUACAUUACUAUUGGAUAAAUCAUGUGGUUUCUGCGAAUGCAUUUGAGAAUUGAUAUUUCUAGUGUUAUUUCCUUUUACACUAACUUAAUCGUUUUUUCUUGGCAGGCUCCUUUUCUAUGGGUUGGCCAGCUUUCCAGACUAUUACUCCAAACAUCAAAGAAGAGGGAGCAAUGAAAGAAGACUCAGGGAUGCAAGAUACCCCUUACAAUGAGGCAAGAGCAGUUAUCUAGUUUUCAGUAAAACAUUAAACGUGUCAAUUUAAGACACCUGCUCUGCUGUAACUAUAACCACUGCAGCUUAUUGUUGUGGUUAUGUGCAAGAAUUCUAUAAAUUAUUUUUUUAAGUGAUUUUAUCUAAAACAGAGGAUUCCCUGCCAUUCAGCUUUGGUCAUUAAGUUUCACCAUACUCAUUUUUCAUCCAAAAUAUUUGUACAGGCUAGCGAGAUAAGUCAGCACCAGAAAAAGCUGGCUACACUAAAUACAGAGUGGAUAUUAAGGUGAAGACCAACAUUGAACUGUUGCAGUACAUUGAAUCAAUAUGCUAUUCUUUACAUACAUUUUAAAGUUGGUUUUUUUAAUCCAAAUUCCUCCAAAGUUGCCAGUGCUUACACCUGUACAUAAAGCUCUGCUUUUAAUCACCAGGGCACACUUGUGGAACAACUAGAUCUGUGUGUAGACUAUCUGUGGAAAUCUGAACGGUACGAGCUGAUUGCCGAUGUUAGUAAGCCGGUCAUUGCAGUGUUUGAGAAGCAACGAGACUUCAAAGUUAGUACCAACGUUUUUUGUUGACAUGUUAUGGUAAGGAAGAUUGGUCUUCCAACUAUUGCAUAUACCAAGGAAGAGGCUUCAGGCACUCAUCAUCAUGUUAAACUUAAAGCAUUUUUAUUGGAUCAUCAUGUGCACAGCAAUGUAUCAACCUCCACUGAGACCUUUGUCAAGCCUCUUCCUUGGUAUAUACUACAUGUAUGGUAUGUGCUAGCCUGGCUCAGUUAUGCACCCUGCUAUUCUCUGAAUGAGUGCAGUCCUUCUUCCUUUUUUGUGAGUUUUUCCAACUAUUGUAUGAUGGCAUUUCCUAUGAUUUUCUGACGGCUAAAAUUGUAAGAUGAGGUGCCAAGCAAUAGCUGGAGGAAAACGAUGAUUGGACACCACUGAUAAAGGUCAGGAGGAUAUAAUGUGAGGCUGUAGGAAGGAAGAUGUAAAUGUAACAAUAUUUAUUUUACAAAAAAAAAAAUCUUGAAAUUAAAUUGCCUUUAGUCAUAGGUGUCAAAAAUGAAAGCAAUAGAGGAGACAAGGAAAACUUGAGAUUUUGCGCGAAACUAAAUUUAAAGUGUACUCACGAAAAAAAAAAAAUCCAUUAGAAUCUAUUUCACAUUUAAUCCUUGGGGUGACCCUCAAUUCUCACUGUUGACUUUUUUAAGGAAGAUAUUUAAAAUUGAAGGUAAAAUUUGGUAAAGGAAAGACAGAAUAGAAGUGUUGACUAUCUGCUAUUCAAAUCUUCUUUGUCUAAGUAUGUUUGGUGUAUGUUUGCACAAGAACAUGCCAUUCUUUCACACUUCCACAAAAUCUCUCUGUGCCUUCUUUAAAGUGUCAGACAUGUGCUUAUUUUUAUUUCAGUUUUUUUCUUCAUGGUGUCUUAAUGAUUAAACUUCCCCAUUGCCCAAUAUAUUUAUUAUAAAAAACAUAUUGUUCUCCUGUGUCCACGAUGUCUGCAGUUUGCUCUUCUGUGGCAUUAUACUGACUGAUUGAUUGUGGGUAAAUUAGCUUAGCAGCUGAAAUGAUACUUUGCUCAAGCUCUGCCCAAUUGCAAAAAUGCCAUUAGAAAAGAUAAAGUCCCUAUAGCUUGUUAUGUAUGUCUAAAAAAACAAAGGUGAACAUAAAAAAAAAAGAAAAACACACGGAGAAAUAAAUAAAAAAAACAAACUAAAAUUAAAAAGCAAAACCUGCAUAGUGACAGACCCACUUUGUGUUUAAUAUUAAUUUGUUUUAAUAAUAGCUAAUGAUAAUGUGAUUCAAAUUCAUUGUCAUUCCAAAAAUGGUAUGUAAUUUUGUAUUCAAAUAUCAUGUAUGUAUUUCUGAGCAUUAAAAAGGGGAAAACAAAUUAUUUGUUUCAGAGGCUGUCCGAGCUUUAUUACAGAAUACAUCGAUCCUAUCUAAAAAUCGCAGAAGUUGUAAAUGCAGAGAAACGUUUAUUUGGACGAUAUUAUCGAGUUGCUUUUUAUGGUCAGGUAAGUUUAAAAAAAUGUCAAGUAUCUAAUCAGAAAAAUUUGAAUUUGUACUAUUUUGCAUAAUUUGUUUUGUGUCUGGUAAAAGAUAAAUGUUGCAUUGUAACAUAGUAAUUUAGGUUGAAAAAAAAAAGGUUUGUACUGUGCCUGUAUAUAUUUGUAUAGUGCUAUCAUAUCUCCUUGGAGAUACCUUUUCUCUAAAGAAAACAAAUACAGUUUUUCUAACCUUUCUUCGUAACUAAUGUUUUCCAUCCCCUUUAUUAAUUGUGUAGCUCGUCUCUGCACUUUUUCUAGAUCUGCAAACUCUUUAUAUAAAACAUGCCCAUAAUUGCACCACAUAGGUAUGGAUUUAAAACAAGACAAAAGUAAAAAGAAAGAUUACAUGAUAAAAACAUAUUCUUUUACAUGAAGGUUAGAGAGUUGGCCAAGGUAUUAACUCAGGAAUGUUUUGCAAUAGUUGUGCAUAACCUGAUUGAAUCAGCACACAAUCACAUUACAUGAUAAGGGUUUUGAUAAAAAGGUGUUUAACAAUAAAAUGUAAUUAUCAUUCUUAUUGGGUCUUAGACGGUCUUUAGUUACAAUGAGUUAGGUAAAAUAAUCACCGAAUUUAUAAACCAGUCAUUUGAAAAUGUAUCAUACAGUAGAAGAACAAAAAUUAGCAUAUAGGCAAGACUUGAUAAAGAAAACAUGUAUAGCAUGUCCUAAACAUGCCGCAUGUCACUGCUGUCAGAAUUCUGACUGUUAAAAGCAGAGCCACGCAUUAAUCAAUAAUAUGCUUACUAUUGCUAUGAACCUAACUUAAUAUGAAUGCAGAUGAUCACAAAUACUGUUUACAAAACCCAGGCCAUCCUUACAUUCGGUUUCACAGAUUGCUGUAAUUGUACUUAAAAUUUAGAGAAUUUCACACACGGAAUAAUGUGUAAUUGUUGCUGCCAAAACAUACACACACGUACAUACUGAAACUGACUCUGGAUGGUAUAUGAAGGCAAUUACCCAAAACACAUAGUAAAACUUAGUUAUUAGUAAAGUUUUUUCCACACUCAUGCACGAGCAUUAAAAAUAAUAAAAUCUGGCACAAUGGAAGCAAAAGAAACCAGGGAAUUGUAAAUCCUUGCAUGGCCAAGGAGCUCAUUGUCAUAUUACUAUUUUCUUCAAAUUCUGUAUUUUAUAAAUUAAUAAUAGGUAAGCAGACAUGAGAUGUAGUCAAGCAAUAUUUAGAAAUCUACUUUUUCCAAGCAUAACAGACUGUGUGGGAAUCACUCCAAUGUGAAUGUCCUUUAUAAUGUAUAUAGAUUCAGUACAUAAACUAAGUCCCAAUAAAUACAAUGAUAACAGAAAAAUCUAAAUAAGGUUUUUUAAUUUGAUUUGCCUCCACAUGCCCUUGUGGGUAUACUGCUAGAGGGAAUCUGACUGUAGUUACUGUUACGUGAAGCAGAUUGUGUCUUAUUCAAGAAUCAUUUGUGAAGGUGUAAAUGCUUUAUAUGUUUUAUGCCAUUUUUUUUUCAGCUAUUGACCAAUAUGUUCAAUUAUUAUUUAGAUAGUAAAUGAAUGUAAAAAAAUAAAAUAUACUCACCUUUCAUGUUCCCGCAUUUGCAGCAAACACCCAGUAUUUGUAGUAUCUGCAGUGAGCUCAGUGCAGAACAAGAGUCAGCCAAUCAGAAUGUUCCCAUUAUUAUCGAUGGAGACUAGUAUCUUGUAUUAGCCAUUGCUCAUAGUUCAACACUUGGCAGCAGCCCAGUCCUUAAAAUGUAAUGAAUAUAAUUACUAAACAACAAAUCUGAGUAGGGCCCUCAAAUAAUAAACAUAUGCAAAACUUUCUUGGCACUUUCCAAUUAACUACUUUUAUACUUUGUAAAACAUGAAAAAUAGGGAAGAGAAAAGAAAAACAGAUGUAGAUGGCUUGAAGUACAACACUGCUUAAUGUAAAAUAAUGUAAAAAGUGAGUUGUCUCACCAUUACAGUCUCAUGAAGCUCCUUGUUGAUGUUUCUUAUCUGUGACAUUAUCCAAGCCUGAUUCACACAAGCAAAUGCACCUUCUGGGUUGAAUUUUGGUUCAUUUUCCUCACUAAAAAUAUAUAGAAACAGUCAGGAGGCAGAGUAGGAAGCCCCUCCGGGGUGAUGAUAAAUCUGCCAUUUGUGUGUGUAUUUUAUAUAUGUUUAAUAUUGAAGUGACCCAUUUAUUAUUUAGAGAAUAAUUUUUACCAUGACAAGGAAGAAAAAGGCAGAACUGGUGUUCAUCAUUGCUCCCAUGCCCCUCUAAGUUUGGGAAGGCAAUGCAGAACUGGUUGUUCUAUAAGGAGUUGGGUUCACCCAAGAAGUAUGCACUGUAGUAAAUCGAGCCCUAUUUAAAUUGCAGGUUUCAUCCAAUACCUCCUCCCUUGCACCACAAGUGCUAUCAGCUUUCUUACAGCUUCUUUCACAGUUUUGUAUUAUACAUUGUGCACUUUGUAGAUAUAGUUAAAUGAUGAAAGUAUAGUUUUUUCCUCUUUCACUUGCAAAUUGUUGCCACUAUAACAAAAUAUACAGACGUGCAGAAAAUUAGGACCUCCAUGUAAUGAACAUUAAAUGUUAAGGUGCUUAGAAAGUGUUGUAGAAUUGUGAUUUUGCCUUAAUGCAUGCAUCUGCUCUCUUUUUCCUUAUGGUCCUAUUGAAGGCUGUGGUAAGUGUCCUAUUCUUCUGUGUUCCCAUAUUCAUCCACUACUUACACUGACAACCCUUCUGUAACCAUGAUGUUUGGCAUCAAAUUCAUUAAUGAGGUUCAUUUGUCGUUUCCUAAUGGUGACUUGUGUUCCGUCUGUAUCUGUUUGUGUAUUUCCACACAUUUAACUGUGAUUUAUCACCAGGCAUGGAUAAUCUGUGGCCCAAAUCAAAAUCUUUUCACCUGACUACGGAUUGUGGGUAUCAGGGUCUCUGAGCAGAUUAGCCACUCCUAAUUCUGAAUAAUUAACAGUAACACUUACAAUUUAAUUAACUGGUUUGUGUUACCUUUUAUUACAUUGGUCAAAGGUGUAUAUCCUCAAAGUGUUGUCUACACUUUUUUAGAGAGCAAAUAUAAGACAUGCUUGAUAAAUGCCAGUUCUCAGAAUCAGAUAAUCAAAAUUUUCAUGAUAAUAAUACCAAAGACCGACUCGAAGAGUAAACUUUGCAGAAUUCUUUCCAUAUUGGAAUUCCACCAAAGUGAUCACAAACUGCAUUAACUGCUUGCCAGAAUAUCCCACAUUAUCAAGCCUGGGUGCCUUCAGCCAAUGUUAAGUUCCUAUGCCAAGUACUUAUAAAAAGAAAAAUGACUUACAAUUUCUCCUGGCAGGAUUUUUAUUCAUCAAUCACUCAAACUGAUGAAUUGGCCAACUAUUUCACCCAAUAAAUAAUUAAAAUUUUUUCAGGGUUUUUCAAUUUAAUGUUUUAAACAUUUACUAGAAACGCCUGAUUUUUUUAUAUGAUAUUUGUUAACUAUUAUCGUUAAAACCAGCAUAUUUUUCUGCGCUUUACAAUGAUAGAAGUUUAGAGGUGAAGAAUGACCUGCUCAAACAUGUUUACAAUCUAUGAGGGUUUGAGGAAGCCAUAUACAGUAUCUCAUAAAAGUAAGUACACCCCCACAUUUUUGUAAAUAUUUUAUUAUAUCUUUUCAUGUGACAACACUGAAGAAAUGACACUCUGCUACAAUGUAAAGUAGUAAGUGUACAGCCUGUAUAACAGUGUAAAUUUGCUGUCCCCUCAAAACCGUCAACAAAAGUGAGUACACCCCUAAAUGGAAAUGUCAAAAUUGAACCCAAUUAGCCAUUUUCCCUCCCCGGUUUCAUGUGACUCGUUAGUGUUACAAGGUCUCAGGUGUGAAUGGGGAGCAGGUGUGUUAAAUUGGUGUUAUCUCUCUCACACUCUCUCAUACUGGUCACUGGAAGUUCAACAUGACACCUCAUGGCAAAGAACUCUCUGAGGAUCUGAAGAAAAGAAUUGUUGCUCUACAUAAAGAUGGCCUAUGCUAUAAGAAGAUUGCCAAGACCCUGAAACUGAGCUGCAGCACGGUUGGCAAGACCAUACAGCAGUUUCACAGGACAGGUUCCACUCAGAACAGGCCUCGCCAUGGUCGACCUAAGAAGUUGAGUGCAAUUGCUCAGCGUCAUAUCCAGAGGUUGUCUUUGGGAAAUAGAGGUAUGACUGCAGAGGUUGAAGGGGUGGGGGGUCAGCCUGUCAGUGCUCAGACCAUACACCGCACACUGCAUCAAAUUGGUCUGUCGUCCCAGAAAGAAGCCUCUACUAAAGAUGAUGCACAAGAAAGCCCACAAACAGUUUGCUGAAGACAAGCAGACUAAGGACAUGGAUUACUGGAACCAUGUCCUGUGGUCCGAUGAGACCAAGAUAAACGUAUUUGGUUCAGAUGGUGUCAAGCGUGUGUGGCGGCAACCAGGUGAGGAAUACAAAGACAAAUGUGUCUUGCCUACAGUCAAGCAUGGUGGUGGGAGUGUCAUGAUCUGGGCCUGCAUGAGUGCUGUCGGCACUGGGGAGCUACAGUUCAUUAAGGGAACCAUGAAUGCCAACAUGUACUGUGACAUACUGAAGCAGAGCAAGAUUCCCUCCCUUCCAAGACUGGGCCGCAGGGCAGUAUUCCAACAUGAUAACGACUACAAAUACACCUCCAGGACGACCACUGCCUUGCUAAAGAAGCUGAAGGUAAAGGUGAAGGACUGGCCAAGCAUGUCUCCAGGCCUAAACCCUAUUGAGCAUUUGUGGGGCAUCCUCAAAUGGAAGGUGGGGAAGCGCAAGGUCUCUAACAAUAACCAGCUCCGUAAUGUGGUCAUGGAGGAGUGAAAGAGGACUCCAGUAGCAUCCUGUGAAGCUCUGGUGAACUCCAUGCCCAUGACGGUUAAGGCAGUGCUGGAAAAUAAUGGUGACCACACAAAAUAUUUACACUUUGGGCCCAAUUUGGACAUUUCCACUUAGGGGUGUACUCACUUUUGUUGCCAACGGUUUAGACAUUAAUGGCUGUGUGUUGAGUUAUUUUGAGGGGACAGCAAAUUUACACUGUUAUACAGGCUGUACACUUACUACUUUACAUUGUAGCAGAGUGUCAUUUCUUCAGUGUUGUCACAUGAAAAGAUAUAAUAAAAUAUUUACAAAAAUGUGAGGGGUAUACUCACUUUUGUCAGAUACUGUAUAUAUUGUUAAAUUACUGGUUAGCGGGGCGUGGCCUGGAGCUCGAGCACAGCAGCCGCAUGUCUGUGUAGCUCCGUGCUACCACGGCCUAAAUAAAAGCGGUACGAGCACCCUAAGACCGGGAAUCCACCCAGCAACGAUGUCCCAACACAAGGGGAGAAGACAGACCGAAAAGGGGGAGAAAGCCGAUUUUUUCACGGUCCGGAAUGCCCAGGGGAAAGUGAUGGCGAGAUCAGAGGAGCCCCAAGAUGGCGCCCAUGGCGGACUGAACGACACCCAGGGUACAAAUCCUGAAGAAAUCCCAGCAACUCCACAUAUAAUACAGAGAAUGCUGGAUGACAUGCACCAAAAGCUGCAGCUCACACUAAAAACCUCACUGAACGAAAUCAAAUCUGAAAUCCGAGAUCUGGGUAUGCGCACAUCAUCCCUGGAAGACAAAAUGGCUGACCAAGCUGAAGCAUACAAUGCCAUGCGAGCCGAAAUGGAUGAAAUGCAAGACACAAUAGAAUCCUACGGAAACAAGCUGGCGGACAUGGAAGACCGCUCCAGACGGAACAACCUGCGCCUGAGAGGAGUAGCAGAGACCGUCAGCACGGCAGACCUCCAUGCUUACCUACAGGGCCUGUUCAAAAUCCUUAUUCCAGACAUCCACCAGGACAUGCUCCUGCUGGACAGGUACCACAGAGUCCCCAAGCCGAGGUUUCUGUCGGCGGACGAACCGCGAGACACACUAGUAAGACUACACUACUUCCAUGUAAAGGAAGACAUCUUGAGGGCAAACAGGCAGCGCCCAAACCUCCCAGCACCAUACCAGGGGAUCACUAUCUACGCGGACAUAUCUGCAGCAACGCUGAAAAAGAGGAAAACCUUCUCAGGAAUUACAGAGCAACUGAGACAACACAAGAAGCCAUACCGAUGGGGAUUCCCAGUCAAAUUACUAGUCACGCACGAAGGCAAGCUGACAGCCAUCGCAUCCCCAGAAGCUGGUAUCCAAGCACUGAAAGAUUGGGGCUUGCCACCACCAAGGAUGCCGUCCCAAGCCGCAGCAAGGGCCAAGCUACCGCCAACAUGGAAGAAAAUCACGAGAAACAGAUAAGGCCGCGGCCUGCAUCCACGAACAGUGGCAAGUAUUGCACUAAGACAAUGGGACACUGACUAUGAGGGGGGAAAGGGCGCCUGAUAGAGGGUACGCAGUGGGAUAGACAUCACCCUAACAUUUUUAUUUUCUAAAUCACUACCAAGGGUAACCGUGGUAAAACCGGGCACCCAGACGCACCCGACCGGACCCCCCCAUAACAAGAACUUGGCAUCGUAUACUUUUUUCUUACCAGCCGACACGCAAAGAGGGUGCAAACACCUCUGACACACCCUUAUUAGGCCCGAAGACCAAUGCGAUCAGGCAUGGAGGCACGCAGCUUCCUACCCCACAGUGCCCACCGGAGGCACAAGGCCAAUUCUAUGGCAAAAUGUUUAGUUAUUCCUGUUUUAAGUUAUUUGUUUACCCUCCAUGUUUUCCAUCUUGCACAACUAAUGUAUGCUCUACUUUCCAUUGACAAGACACACAAGGUUCCCCCACACAGUGGAAGCUACUACCAACACAUGACACGAAAUAGGGAGGGGUCACCCAGUUCGUUAAUACUGGGAAGGGUGUCCCCUUCGCAAAUAGACACUACAGGUCCAUUACAACUCGAAAUCCAAACAUACUACCCCCCAUGAGAAUAUACUCUCACAAUACUAAAGGGCUCAACCACCCAGCGAAGCGAAGCUUGCUUCGCAAAGAUUUACAACAACUCAAACCAGAGGUAGUGUGCCUUCAAGAAACACAUUUUAAACUCAAAGCACAUUCGCCUUUGUUCCAGCAAGAUUACCCACACCAAUUUCACGCCACACACUCCACCAAAUCUAAAGGGGCCUCAAUCCUCAUUAGCAGAGAUGUGGCGUUCACCCUUAUGCACUCCGAGGUGGAUACAGAGGGUAGAUAUGCUAUGGUAGUGGGGACAUUUAAUGACGUUCUAUACACAAUUGCAAGCGUAUAUGCCCCAAAUAAGGAUCAAAGAAAUUUCCUCCACAAGGUGUUUAAAAAAUUGUCGACUAUAAGUAAAGGAAUAGGGGUGAUAUGUGGCGACUUUAACCAUGUGCUGGACCCGAUGAUGGACACCACAGGCCCACACACAGCCACUAGACUGAAGCCACUCAAGAGACAGGGCAGGGCACUACAAAAAUUACUACAAGACAAUCACCACUAUGACGUAUGGCGGGCACUACACAUAGGGGAACGGGGAUACACAUUCCUAUCCACAGUACACAAUACCUACUCACGAAUUGAUGGUAUAUUGAUUGCGGGUCAAUAUCUAGAACAGGUCAAAGAUUGCUCCAUAGAACAAAUAACAUGGUCGGACCACGCACCAGUGGUGAUGACCCUGGCAGACUUAUACGACUCCACACAUAGAAGCCCAUGGAGACUCAACGCAACACUUCUCACAGACAAUACUUUCAAAAAAACACUAGAAACUGAGCUCACCAACUACUUCACAGAAAACAAUACUGAAGACACAUCCCACAAUAUAGUAUGGCAAGCACACAAAUCGGUAAUCAGGGGGUUGAUGAUAAAGCGGGCAGCAUUCCUGAAGCGGCAGGCACAAACACAGUUGCGACACUGGCAAAGGGACCUGCAGGACCUUAACUCCCAAAACCAACGAACCCCGUCCCAGGAACUGAAAUUGCGCAUCAUGACAAUCACACAGGCCAUGCACAAACAAGCCCUAGACAAAACAGGCUACUACCUGCAAAAACUGAAAGCAAACCAAUACUCGCAGGGAAACAAAGCAGGCAAACUGACAGCCCAACUUCUCAAAAACAAACAGGCACAACAAAAAAUAGCGUACUUAACAACACCUGAAGGACACAAAAUAACAGCACCUAAAGACAUCAGCAAUAGGUUCGCACAAUACUACGCCUCACUAUACAACCUAGCCGAGGAUGUUCACACACCCCAACCAGAUCCCCAGGCGAUACAGACGUACCUAAGCUCCAUACCACUACCCAAAUUCACACCCCAGCAACAACAGGAACUCAUGGCUAGCAUAACAGAUGCAGAAGUCGCGGAAGCCAUUAAAUUAUUGCCAAUAGGUAAAGCUCCAGGCCCGGAUGGCUUCGCAAACUGUUAUUACAAACACUUUGCCCCGAUCCUCACGCCACACCUAACAAAUGCCUUUAAUGAAGCCACCGCACGACAACAACUGCCCACUGAAUCCCUACUGGCCCACAUCAUCACACUUCCAAAACCGGGCAAACCACCCACAUGCCCUCAGAAUUUCCGCCCAAUAUCCCUGCUUAACACCGACGUUAAGCUUUACGCAAAGAUCUAUGCACUACGUCUGGGCAAAAUGCUUACACAGGUUAUACACUCAGAUCAGGUGGGAUUUAUAAAAAACAGGCAGGGAAGUGACAACACAAGGAAGGUUCUGGACAUUGUACACAGUGUCCGCAGAAUGAAAGUGGGAGGGGUGUUAGUAUCGUUAGACGCCGAAAAGGCCUUUGACCGACUGGGAUGGAGGUUCCUCGAGCAGGUCCUACUAAAGUUUGCAGUGCCGGAGGGUUUUAUCUCAGCGGUCAGGGCUUUAUAUAAUGCACCAACAGCGAGGGUCGUCAAUGCAGGGUUCGUAUCGGACCCCCUUAAAAUCUCAAACGGAUCCAGACAGGGAUGCCCAUUAUCGCCACUCCUGUACGUCAUGGCCCUGGAGCCUUUGGCGGCGGCAAUUAGGCAGCACUCCUCCAUACAUGGAGUAAAGAUAGGGGAUCGGGAAUACAAGGCGAGUUUAUUUGCAGACGACGUCCUCCUAACCCUGACACAACCCCACAUAUCCCUCCCCAAUCUAAUGGCCACCAUUACGGAAUAUGGGAAACACUCCUACUACAAAUUAAACGUCACAAAGACACAAGCCAUGGGAAUGGGGAUACCAGGGGAAUCACUCGAUAGACUCAAAACAGCUUUCCCCUUUGACUGGCGAGUGGACCACCUAACUUACCUGGGCAUCCGCAUCCCACCCCGCACCGAAAAAUUACUAGACCUCAAUUAUAACAAAUUACUGAAGGACACGCAAACCACCCUACGGUCAUGGGAGGGGAAAUACCUGUCAUGGGUGGGGAGAAUUGCGGCGAUAAAAAUGAUGACACUCCCGAAACUCCAGUAUCUCCUGAGAACUCUCCCCAUAAAACUACCAAACGCGUACCUGAUCUCCUUUCAAAAAACACUAAUCAGAUUUAUAUGGGCCAACAAAAGACCAAGGGUGGCCAAAAAAAUACUGCAAAAACCAACCGUGCAGGGGGGUCUGGGACUGCCAAACAUUCGAGAAUACUAUAGGGCAACACAACUAACAGCAAUCAAGGCAGCAACAGUGGAAGGAGAAGCGCCACAAUGGACCCAAAUAGAGGCCCAUUGGACAAAUAGUCCAUCUCUGAGGGAGCUCUUGUGGCUCCCGGAAAAACUCCGGCCCCAACUGAUACAACCCCUAUUGACCACACAGUUAACACUAUACUUCUGGGACGAAAUCCGCAAGAGGGAAGGAAAGGAAGGAACACUCCUAGAGGACGCCCCAAUAUCGUGCAUAGCAGCAGGGAUCCCAACAUUCGACACAAAAAAAUGGAACGAGGCAGGCUGCACUAAGCUUAGACACUUAUACCAUGAAGGCAACCUGUUGGCAUUUCCAGAUCUCCAGGCACGGCACAACAUCCCCAACAAGGCGCUGUUCUCAUACCUACAGCUGAAAUCGCUGCUCACAGGGGUACAAAUAAAUAGCCAGGCGACACACAACAAACGCUCCAUAGAACAAUUUUGCCUAACCAACAAACCCCCUAAAAAAACGAUCUCCACGAUAUACAACAUACUUACAGACGAUGAGGCGCACCCAGACAUGACAUUCCAAACAGCUUGGCACAAGGAACUGGGACAAAUCAUAGACAAAGAGCAAUGGCACAGGGCAUUUACAAUACACGUAGGUAACACACGCUGCACAACACAUCUCGAAACAAUAAGGAAACUACAUUACAGAUGGUACAUGGUACCUGAGCAUUUGACCAAGAUUUUCCCAAACUCUCCAAACACGUGCUGGAGAUGCGGGACAACAGGAGGCUCCAUGAGCCACAUAUGGUGGUCGUGCACGGAGAUUAAAAAAUUUUGGAAGGUAGUAGAGGAAUUAGCGGGCGAACUGCUGGGCAGGAAAUGGCGACCCACCCUACAACAAUGUAUACUAUUUAUGUUACCACUCACAAUGACCAAAACAGAGGAAUCCCUUUUGUUCCACGUCCUGAUAUCAGCAGUAACCCUCAUAGCUAGAGCAUGGAAAUCGCCACAAAUCCCAUCCAAAGAAACCCUAACACAACAAAUAAAUUUAAAUUGGCGAUACGAAAAAAUGGCACUCAAACACAUUGGACCAAGAAAACACAUAGACUUAGCCAAUGCGAGGUGGGAAGAAUAUAGGGGUAAGGGACAAAGCGGACAAACAGUGGGGACGUGAGUGGGCGCAAGGAGAGUGCAGGAAAAGGCUACCCAACAAGGAAGUAGGAGAUGGGAAUUCCUGGAAAUCAUACCAAGUAACAUGCAACAAUAUUAGAACAGGGGAUAACACAAAAAACCACGAGAACCCUUAUGGGAAAGGGUAACAUCCACUCACAUAGCUGGCGCUGAAGCAGGCACCCUCACACCCAAGAGCCCAGAAACUAGAGCAGGUCAACACGUACCAUGCAUAAUGUAUGAAGCACGCUAUAUAACCUAUGAUGCACGACACGCAGCGUAUGAAACACAAUAUGUAAUGCAUGAUGUAACAAGGACAAUGUGUGACUAGUGAUGUAACCGGAAGACAUGGAAUGUUUUGUGUUUUGUGUAAUUACUUGAUCCAUACCCUUCCUUCCCCCAUACCCUUUUCUUUUCUGUACCCCAGGUUUUAUAACAUGUAAAACAAUAAAACUUUCAAAUUGGAAAAAAAAAAUUACUGGUUAGCUGUUGAGACCAGGAUGCAAAGGUUACCACUGCUCUAACCUCUAACUACUGGUUCAAAGUGAAUGUAAAAAGAUGCGCAUAAGUUGUCAUUCCAUAUAAAAGGCAAACUGUGUCCUACCCAAACUCAGAAGUAACAUAAUAAUAAAAUUCAAUUGAAACAAUAAAAAUAGAGAUUAUAUUUAUUACACAUUUUUCCCUUUAAUUGCAUUUGCUUAUAAUGUUUCAAACAUGUUAUUUGGAGUUUCCUCAGCACAUAAUAAGUUCUGCUAUCAUAGUGUGUGGAGUGUAUGUUAGUCCUAUAUUCGCGAGUGCAUUUUUAAAUUCUACAAUGAAUCUUGCACACUAUCUUACUCACAAAACAUUUUCCUGUCUUCUUUUGAGCUUAUGAUUGGAAGCACUUUUUGGUAAAUUUUGCAAGAUUUAAGGAACUUGCUGAGAUUGCUUAGAAUUCCUCCUUUUUAAUACGGUAGCUUUUUUCAGCAAUAUACAGUAUACUAAUUCACCACUAGGAGGUGCUAUUGGUUACACAACUGUUUGUUUUCAUAAAAAGAGGUUAGACAUGAAUAUUUUUUUAUAGCAAUGCAUCCUUUGUGUUGCCUAAAUCGCAACAAAAUAAGCAUUGGUCUUGUGAUACGGACACCUAAGUUGAAUCUAUUCCUAUUUAUGCUUAUAUUUUAGAGCAAAUUAGCUAUUCUAAUAGUACUAAAUAUUACUGUAAUAUCUUGUAUAGUAGUAAGUUCUACAAGUAUAUAAAUGUAAGCUAUACAAAUGGCAAGGGAAUUUACAGAAAAAAAUUUAAUUUUAUCCAAACUGGCUUAAAAUCUCCAUAUGCUCCAUAAUACACAUCUAAUUGAAUAUUUAUUUUAUAUGAUAGUUUCAAUUUGUUUUGCCUUAAAUCAGAUACGUCUUUUUAGAAAGGAAAAUUCAUUUUUUUCCUUUAUCUCAGUUUAUAUAUAUAUAUAUAACAAAGAAAAUUAAUCCCAUUUAUUAAUGAUGUGUUUUUUUGAUAAUGUUUAAAAUAUAAAGAGAAAUGUUCAUUUGAUGUUAACUGAGCAUGGGAAAUAUUUUCUUAUGUAUAUUAUAAUUUUUUUGCCACAAUCCAUCCAUUAAUGCAGAUUGUAUCAUAAGUUAAUACUAUUAUGUUAAUGUUAUGCUUCUGAAUGCUUUGCCUCCACAUGUGUAUUAACUGGAGGUUGUAUGAUAAGUUGUGUGAAGUGGCUCACAAGAAGACUCAUAAUCUUCUGGGAAUUAAAAAUUAAGUAUUGCACUGUGAACAUCUUGAUUUUUUUUUCCAGGGCUUCUUUGAAGAAGAGGAAGGCAAAGAAUAUGUGUAUAAGGAACCCAAACUGACUGGGCUCUCAGAGAUAUCACAGCGACUACUCAAGCUAUACGCUGAUAAAUUUGGAGCAGACAAUGUCAAAAUUAUUCAGGAUUCCAACAAGGUACACUGAUGUAGUGAACGUCUUGCUGUGUUUAAAGGGCAGAAUCAGUAAUGACGACGUUAAAAAAUGCCAUAGCCUCUAGCACUGCAGUUGCUGUAGGCUAUGUGUUCCAUGUUGCUGAGCUAACCCACUGGCAGUUGUUUGUACGAUGCGGAUUGUUUCACAUAAAUUUGUAAUAUACGGUACUUUGUUGUUAUUCCAUGAAUACUCAUUCUCAGGACAUGCCAUGAUCAGACACUUUGUGGAAACUAUACUACUGGUACAUAGAGAAAGGCAGAUUUUCCUUAUAAAGUGUAUUACAUUAUUGCAAUUGUUUUUUUUCAUUCUUUUUUAAUAUAUUUUGUUGAUUCAUAUAAACAAUGGCAUGUUUAUUAUGUAGGUAAACCCGAAAGACCUAGAUCCAAAGAUUGCCUACAUACAAGUUACAUAUGUCACGCCUUACUUUGACGAGAAGGAGAUGGAAGACAGGAAAACCGAUUUUGAAAAACAUCACAAUAUUAGCAGAUUUGUGUUUGAAACUCCAUUUACAUUGUCAGGGAAGAAGCAUGGAGGUGUGGAGGAGCAAUGCAAGAGGCGAACAGUUCUGACAAGUAUGUUGUCAUGGCUUAAAUGUCACUUCGGUGGAAAUAGCUUCAGUUCGUAUUGCCUUUUUUUACGAGAUAAUACCUAGAAAAUAAGAUCUGUGCACUGUAGAAUACAUCAUCAGUUAAAGAAAAUAAAACAGUAAGAGGAGUUUGGUGGGAUAUUCAGGCCAUGUCACCUUGGGAAGAAUUAUAGCAGUCAACAAUAAGCAUUGAUCAAAUGAGAAAGGAGACACAACGUGAUCAUUGGGACAGUCAUGCGAUGAGCUUUCAGAUUAUUUAUGUAAAUGGAAAAAAGGGUUCAUGAAUGAAAGGGGAAAAAUGAAGAAACUCCUUGACAAUAAGAUUGUGAAACUAAAAGUGGUAUUGAGCGUAUAAAUACGCAGGUCAUAGUUGAGUAGAUCUGUCAGGUCCAUGAACGUAAAUUCAGUGUUAUAAAAAUAAUUCUCCUUAUACAAGUCUUUGAGCAAAAUAUAGUGAAUAGCCAAUCAAUAAUAUAGUUGCUAACAUUAUCCACCUAAUUUCUAAUAUAUUUUAUCUAACUUUAAAGGAUGGAAAGACGAAGGCUUAGGUGAUUUCGCACAAGAAGUGAGCUGGGUGUGAGGAGGCUCACUCUAGUGCAGAUACAAAUCAUAGUUCUGUGCCCUGCGUAGGUCACAGGGCACCUUUAAACGGUUAGCUUGUUAGGUUUAGUUUUUUAAAGAAAUAUCACGACUCAUGGCAUACAUGUGUUCAGUAGUGACACAUUUUGAGAAAUUUCUGUUCUGAUGAAUCAUGUUUCUGGAAAUAGAAACUAUUUUGGCUGAAUGUUGGUUCACAAACUGAAACAAGAAAACUAAUUAAAAAGUCUUGAAAAUGGGCCAAUGAGUGUGCUGCUAAAUAUAUACACUGACAGGAGCAUUUUCCGCCAUUUGGAUUUGGAAUAGAGGAAAAAACAGAUGGAGACGUACACAAAAAUCUAUAUUUAUUUUUAUAUAUACGCAAUGAGAAAAACUUUAUUAAAAGUGAUACCCAUACAAGGGGAAACACCAAAAGGUUUGACUCACACCUUUGUAAGAGAAUAUAAAAGUUAAGUAAAUAAAUGUUAUUACAUCUUUAUCAAUGGACUAUUAAAUAAACGCAUUAACCGUCAAAAGCAUAGUGAAUAGAGAAAUACAAUAGUGAAAAUAGUGAAAUAAUUUGUGGAGUCAAUUUUGGCUAAAUCUCUAGUAGUAAGGUCUAUUUCUAGGCACCGCCUCACAGAUAGAGCUGCAGGGCCACUGUCAAGAUGUCCAUAAACUCCAAGUAAUCAGUGAAUAUUUGCUGGAAGUAGCUGUCUAAAUAUAACAGGAUUGCCCAGAUAGUAAUACACUCUCACUCCUGUUACACAUAACAAAAGCAUUUUGAUAGACCAGAGAGAGCUGCCAACAAGAGGCAGAUCGACUCAAACCACUCUUUAUUUGGUAACUGCUUGCUCCAAGCCAACAUCUUCCCCUUCUCUCUUUAACCUUCCCUCCUUUCAUUAUUCACUAUGAUUUCAUCAUUUGCAUGUUUUUAAUAGUCCAUUAACCCCUUAAAGGAACACUAUAGAGUUAGGAACACAAAUUCCUAACAUUAUAAUGUCCCUCUGCCCUGCCCCCUCCCCAUUACCCUCCACCACCCACUUUCUAUCCAUUAGUGCUGGCUUCAUCUCCUGUGAGAACCAAGUGCUUUCCUAUGGGUUCUGCAAGAUGCUGGUUGUCCUCAUGCAAAGUAUGAAAGCAUCCAGCAUCGUUAAACUCCGUGAAGCAGCAGAAAGCACCUCUAGUGGUAGACAGCCUCUCUGAAACUGCAGUGUUUUACACUGCAUGGUUAAGGGGACAGGAACACUGCACCAAGACCACUUCAAUGAGAUGAAGUGGUCUGGGUGCAUGCAGUGUCCCUUUUACAACGUUUGAACAUUCUAUGCUGUCCUACAUAAAGUGGGGUGGCAUAGAACACCCAGUAGAUUUGGUUUGUGUAGGGUUGAAUCCCUGCUCACACCAGGGAGCCCCAGGUAUCAAGUGCCAUUUUUAUUGCCCCCAGACUUUUAGAUAAGAUGUUUGCAGUGCUGGAAGCUGGGGUUGCAAGUGGCUCUUUAAAUAGGCAUCUAAAUGAUCAUCGAGUGAACAUGGUUAAAUUCCUGCUUACACCACUAACCCUAGGUAUCAAUGGAUACCUGGGGCUCCUGUACGUCCGUAAUUUUUAGCGGCCUGAAACUGACCAAUGAGCUCUGUGCAACACUGGAAAUUAGCACUGGAAUUAGCAGCUUUCCAGCACCAAUCGCUAAUCUGCUGGGAACCAGGCUAACAAGUGUAAUUCUGAAAAUGGCCUGUUGAUGGUGGCAACCUUGUUAAAUACAGUAAAACCAAGUUCUUAUAUCAGAAUAUUACCUUAGGAUUAGGGUUGUGGUUAGCAGUGGGUUUAGUGUAGGAUAGGGAUAGAUUUAUAGGCAAGAGUAAAGUAGGGUUACACUUAGUGUUGGGUUAGGGUUAGGGUGAGGUUUUGGCUUAGUGUAGGGUUAGGGAAAGGUAAUAAUUAAUGCUGGGUGUGGGCUAAUGCUGUUUUAGGGUAAAAUAUAGUGUAGGGCUGAAGUUAAUGGUAGAAUUAGGGUAGGCAUACAGUAAGAGUAAGCAUUGUGUAAGGGAUAUGGUUGGUAUUGUAAGGAAUCCUCUACUUACCUUUGUGGCCCAUCGAUCAGCUGUUUUGCCGAUCGGGCAGACCACCUCCUCCUGCCCGACCUGAUAGUCUCCUGGACGCCGGCCACUGUGUGCAUGCUCCUUUUUAUGCGUGCCAACGCCAGGUAAUGAGUAAUACCGUGUAUGGGAUUAACAGACGCCCUCUCACCUUUUGGGGGCGUGAUUGACAUUUUAGACCAAAAUACCCAAAUAGAAUAAUGGAAAGCAUAGCUGACUUGGAAAAUGUUUCCAAGUCAGAUAUUUUGAACUUAAAUGUGAAAUUCACUUUGAAUCCUGACUAUUCUCAAAUAAGUAAAUAACCCUCUCAGCAUUUUAGUUAAAUGACACAACAAAGACAAGAAUACAAUUAAAAUAAUGAAAGCAAAAAUGAAAUAUAUUUUGGAAAUUUAAAUUCAUACAGCAAUACAACAAUUCAUUAUUUUGUUUCAUACAGCAAGUCAUUCUUUUCCUUAUGUGAAGAAAAGGAUACAAGUUGUUAAACAGACAAGCACGGAACUGAACCCCAUUGAAGUCGCAAUAGAUGAGAUGUCGAAAAAGGUUUCAGAACUUAAGGAACUCUGCACAAUGGAAGGAGUAGAUAUGAUUAGGCUUCAACUUAAGCUUCAAGGGAGCGUGAGUGUUAAAGUAAGUUGUGUACAGACUGUCUUCUUUUAAAAAGUCUUGGUUGCCAUGUGCUCUCAUUUGAAACCAGUACAAAUGUGGUAAAUGAAUUUAAACAGAUAAUCAAAAUAGUGAACUGCGGUGAAUUUAAAAAUGACAGCAAAAAAUUUGGAAUAUCCUAACUUGACAAUAUUCUUUACUAUGUUGUUUGUUAUUAAAUGUAGAACAUGUAGUUUGUAUUAAUUUCCAUUAAUUAUUUGGUAAAUUAAUCCCACAAUGUUUUAAUUGUGACUAUUUAUUUUGAUACAAACAAAGCUGUAUUAUAAGUAAGGUGUGGACUAUGUAAUGUUGUCUAUGUUUGUCACAGUCUUUGUCAUUUUUCGAGUUGCACACAAUAGGUAGGUACACUGUCAAAAGUGAGGCAAUGACAUAUGCAGUGCAGGCCUUCUAAGUUUACAGUCCCUUUGAGGUUUGCAUAGUUUUGGUGUACCAUUUAAGGAGGUAUAUUAUAUUUAGUACUAAUGGCUUGCUGGUCCUCUCUUCCUCCACCACUUGUAACUCAUGGAUGUUACAGUUCGGCAGUAAGGUCCCUGAAUCUGCUUAAAGGGACACUAUAGACACGCAGACAACUUCAGCUCAGUGAAGUGGUCUGGGUGCAGUGUCCCUGCCUGAGGCACUUGCCUUGCAGGCGAAUUAGCGCCCACUCAUCGCAGGACGUUGGAGGAGGCGGAUCUGUGACCCAGAGCAGAGGGACAUCGUGUUUUGGAUAAGGUAAGUACAGGGCUACGGAGGAGGGAGGCAGAGGGAGAUAUAGUGCCAGGAAUACAGCUUUGUAUUCCUGGCACUUAUAGUAUCCCUUUAAAGGGACUUGCAUCACUAUCUCAUUAAAAAGAUUGAAAAGAUUUAGUUUUGAAUGAGACAGUCUGCAAGCAGAAAGAUAAGCAGGUAAAUAUGAUUUUCAUAUCUGCUUCUUCUUUCCACACCCACUCCAGGGGGGACACUGAUCUAACCAAUAAGUGUUUUAUCCCUAGAAAUGCUGGAAAAGUACAUUGGGCAUACCUGAUAGAUUUACACAGUAUGCAGUUGGAAGAUCUCUUCAACUUGAAACAUGCUGACAGGGGGAGAAGAGGGAGUCUGAUCAGUGCGAUCACGCAGAGCAGACUUUCUCCUGUUGCUGCACAAUGAUCCCCCGUUUAUGUCAUUAGUGGACUGGUCUGAACAUCGGCUUGAUGAGUAAGGGGGAUGAAACUACUCCCCUAGUUGAGAGGGGUGACCAAUAAUGCAAUCUGACCAUGUUCAUAUCAAGUGUAUAAAAGCUUAUUACAUACUUUUUCAACAUUUUUCUUUGUUUAUUUUGUUUAAAAGUAUUUGCUUGCUGGGUAAAAAAAAAAUGUAAAUGGUGCAUGUCCCUUUACGGGGGACAUCUAAAAAUGAGUAGUUCACUCUGAUUAUCUGCCUUUAUUGUGCCUACCAUAACCAUUAUCCUUAUACAGCCAGGCUAACACUGAUAGGAUCGCAGUCCACAGAGAAUAUAAAUUGAUUAUCUUGCACCUCCUGUAAAUGACCCUUCCUCUAUUGACAUAUAUUGUAUAUUACAGGUAAAUGCUGGGCCUAUGGCAUAUGCAAGAGCUUUCUUAACAGAGACAAAUGCAAACAAUUACCCAGAGAGUCAAGUGAAGCACCUUAAAGAAAUAUUCAGGUUACUAAUUGCUUUCUGUUUGAUUUUUUUUUUUGUAAACAGUGGAUUUAUUAACCAUUUUAGGGGCAAUAAAAUGUAUGAACUGACAUGUUAAAAGGGUCUUGCGUAGUUCAUCUGUGUAUAUUUUAAUGUUUUAUUAAAAAAACAAGUAAGGCUGUAACCCAGUGGUAGUCAACCUUUUUCUUCCUACCGCCCACUAAUGCAUCUUUUUGGUUGAAAAUAUUUCCUUACUGCCCACCAGUUUUCACGCAAGUGCGGAAUAUUUUUUAGAAAGGAGGGUGUUUUAAAAAAAUAAAUAAAUGUACGUACAUUUAUCUUUUUAUUUCUACUUAAUGCAGGUUUAUAAUGUUUUUAACUUUAUAAAGUUUAAUGAGAAAACAAUAAAGUAAAUUGAAAUUACCUUUACUAGUGAUUAAUGAGAUCCUUGAGGUUAAUGCUGAUAUUUGAUAUCUGAAAACAAACGCAGGUCUCCUCUUUCGGUGAUAUUCAGACGACUUCUCUAUUUGCGCAUAAUAUGAUUUCUCAUCUGUGCGUCAGCUCCCCUCCUCUCCCUCCCCAAUUCCCCUCCCCACCUUUUUUUCCCCUUUUUUUUUAAUUUUUAAACUUCCUUAUAGCAAUGCCCAGUAGGAAGGCUGAGCUAGGUAUCCCACUUACUAUUACUUACUAUAGCCCACUAUAACAGACCGGCACACAUACAUACAUACAGACACACACACAAGACACACCUACAUACAAACAGACAGGCACACAUACAUACAGACACACACACAGACAUGCAUACAGACACGCACAUACAAAGACACACAUAAAAGACAUACAUACAAAGACACAUACACACAUACAGCCAGACACAAGACACACAUACAUACAAAGACACAUACACACACAACACAUACAUACAAAGACAAGACACAUACACACAUAUAUACAGACAGAUACACACACAUAUAUACAGAUGCAUACAAAGACACACACUUACAUACAAAGACACAUACAUAAGACACACAUACAUACACACAAGACAUACAUGCAAAGACACAUACACAAACAAACACACACAAAAUAUUUUAGUCACCCUCCUGUUUCCUACCUUUUAGGUGCAGGAGGGUGACAUUCCCUGAGGUCCAGUGGUGGCUCAGGUGGAUGGGAGUCAGAGUUCCCACUCUGACUCCCUGGUCUUCCUCGCGCGCGGUCUCAGUGUUAGCUGGGAGGGGUGACGUGCAGUAAUGUAAUGUAAUGUAAUGUAAUCACAGGGGGCCCGGUCACGCUGUUAAAGCGCCCAGCGCUGACCGGGCCCCCUCACAAUCCACAUCCAUCGGGUGGCCCUGACAGCAUGGGCCACCCGAUGGACCCCUACAUAUGGGGCCCCGGCGGUUUGCCGCUCGGGCCGGGGCCGCAAGUGGUGAUGGCGGUACCCGGUCGCAGGGGUACCGCCGGCUUGCACCCGCCCAGUCUCUCAAAAUUAGAAAAUCCCUACCGCCCACCUGGAAUCCUGAAACGCCCACUAGUGGGCAGUAGGGUCCAGGUUGACGACCCAUGCUGUAACCUAUAGACAGAGUACCAUAUAGAUAUUGUACAUGGAGGCAGUAUUCCUUGUAUUAGACCUGGGGAUCUCCUCCUUAGCCUUCCAGCUGUUGUUGGUCUUCAUAUCCCAGGAUUAUGGUAAUUGUAGUUCAAUGACAGCUGGAGAGCAGGCGUGGUAACUUAUCUCUGCUAAACUAGGGGGUGAUAUAAUGUUUUGAUAAAGAAAAUGUAAAAAUAGCUGAGCUGGAAAAACAAUUUCAGUUGCGUGCUUGUAGUGUAAAAUGUCAAUGGCUAUAUUUCCCAGUUUAGUAAAUACAUCCCAGUAUUAGUUCUGGCUCAGAGGUAGUUGUUGGGUUUGUGCAGCUCUCCUUAACUACAAAGUGAUAAUAUUCCAAUUAUUUUGCAGACAAUUUGCAGAAACCUGCGGGCUCGCUCUGGAAGUCAAUGAGCGGCUUAUAAAAGAGGAUCAGCUGGAAUAUCAAGAGGAAAUGAAAUCCCAUUACAGAGACAUCCUGGCAGAGCUCUCUGAAGUCAUGAAUGAGCCGGUGAGCUGUGCAGUACGUUCUCUAAGAAUAUGAGGAGGCUGGCAACUUCCAACGGCUGUCGGAUACAACCACAGAUACAUGGCUGUGAUUUGUGGGAGUAGAUCGCAGCAGCUGCAAUGAUAGAUGUUGCCUGUCUUUGGGGAAUCGAUGUACUUCGUUAAACUAAAGCAAAAUGCUGUGAGGCUAGUAGGCAUAUUAAAUUGUAAGAAGCCUUGCAAACUAUAGUGGUUUCUUUAAUAGCAUUAAAAAUCCUAAUGCUUGCUUUAAUCAGGUUGUAGCUUUUAAAACCCAAAUAAACUGGCUCAUAUUUACAAGAUCAGAGAUGGGAAUUCAACUUUUGUCCCCUAUGUUUCCUGUUAGGCCAGCAGGGGAUCAUGGGAUCAACUAUUGUCCAUCAUUGUGCUGUAUUGUCUAUGUUCCAGCCAAGGAGCUCUGCAAUGCACAGUCAUGGAAUAACAGUAAAGGAUGACUAGAUGUCCCCUUUAAAGGUGGGACAGCUUUGGAAAUUGUAAACCAUGAGGCUAUAUUAAAACCCAUGUUAAUUUGUACAUUAUAUAUCAUUUUAAAUAAACCUACCUCCUUAAAGGGGAAACCUGUCUAUGCUGUGCAUUGCAAACACUAAAAGGGUUAAGAGCAGUGAUAGUCAUAAGAUGUAGCACUUUAAUUCUCCCUAGGUUAUUUUUCUCUAUCCACAGGAUGUUUUGGGUUUUUAACUUUAAUCAUCGCAGUUUUUCCAUCAUUGUCUUGCUCAUCCCAUUGACUGUUAUUCUCCCACAUUAUUACAUAAUCCAUGCUCUGCUCAGGCAUCACACAGAGCAAGUAAAUUGAAAAAUAUUUUCCCCAGCACACAUGUAGUGAAGUGGAUUACACCUGUGCUUGUCCUGACUCUUAACAGUAUGUGUAAAGAGCUUAGUUCUUAUUCUUGACCAAACAGCAAUCUAGUAGCAAGCUAGCUCUAUUUAGUGCCUGGUUAAGGUCUGUGUGAAGUGGCCGAGUAAUUCUGUGACCCUGUCUGUUUAAUGUAAAAUUUACAGCUUUGAUCAAACCGGGAACCUCAUCCUUCUUUCUCUUCUCUCUGUCAGCUAUCAUGUGACCCUUGCUUGUUCAGCUUCUCCUCUUCCUUGUCUAACAUUUCACUCGGUGCUAUAGGGAAAAUUGGUAUGUCUAGUUUUCUUUACCUGUUUAUUGUUCGUUUCAUACCUGUCCUUUAUCAUUUCUCACUUUGCAUCUUUUUCAUUAACUGUUCCUUCUUAGUAUGCGACCAAAAGUCAUACCAGGAAGUGCCUCUAGUAGGCAGCCGCUAGAAGCAGUCUUAGUCCUGCAAUGUAAUCGUUCUAAAUAUCUAAAUAUUGUGUUCACCUUUUAAUUCACUACAAUUAAGUGUUAAAAGGAUAAACCUCUGUGAGACAUAGCAAUAAGUAAAACAGUUUGCCUGUGCAGCCAUCCUUGUUUACUUAGUACAUGGUCAGAUAGUAAAUCUGAUCUGGUAGGUUAUAGAAGCAAUUGUUGAUUUUGCCCUUAACAAGACAUAACUGGCAGAUUGCAACCUGAUAUUUAAUAAAGACUGUGUUACAGCUUGUAUAAUCACUUUGUCAUUCCUUAUAUCUUUAUAAUGAAUAACUCGUCCAGCCUGAUAUAUAGCAUACAGUAUAUUUUCAUUGUGUAAAGUAGAACCACAGGUAGAUGAGUCAGUAGGAUGUAAGUAACUGUUACAAUGAGUCCAGUAUGAAUAUGUACUGAUCAUCCUAGACUAAGACUCUUUCUUUUUUCCCCACAAACGAAAGAUGACAUACCGAGAAGAUCCAACAAAGCAUCAAGGAGCCGAGAAACAAUACAUUCUUCGAUCAAUCAGUAGGGCAAAUACAGUCCAACAGACCUCAUCGUGGAAAGCUGAUUCUUGAUCUAAGCUUUUUUUUAUUAUAAUUUUUAUGUUUUUGGGAUGGGGGGGGGGGUAUUUUUUUUUAAUGGAUUCACACCUCAAGCCGCCAACUGACCUGGUCAUUGAAAGGGAAGAGCAACACAGCAAAAUGGACUAUUUGAAACUUAGAUUGUAAUUUUAAUUUAUUUUAAAACAUUAUUUCUGAUUCUUGUAAAGUGCUUUGUGUAUUUUCAUCUUCCCGGUGGAUACGGGCAGUAGUAUUAAUGCCCUAUAGCUCUCUACACAGGGCGAUACCAGUGUUUACUUCUAGCACUUAAACAUGUAACAUGCACCCUCUUGCAAACUGCUUCUUCUCUUUAUUUUAUAUCUGACAUUGUUUUAUUUCUCGCUCAUAUUUUAAGAGUUUUAAUUCUAUGUUUUAUAAUAAUUAAGCAUAUUUACAUUGGAAAUUGUACAUAGGAGAUGUGUAAAAUUGGUCAUUUUUAUAGAAUUCACAAUGUUUACUUCAUACCCA